AUGGCCCCUAUGGGGCGGAGACUUCAAAAAGAGAAGAACUUAUCAAGUGACCCACUAGGACAGCAAAGUAUUGCGGCGUCGGUGACAAGGCCGCAGGUUGUAAAAAUAAAAACGGCAAGGUCACGGAUACCAGUCCCCAUAGCCAGAGCCAGGAAGGGGAAAAGUUUAAAGACACAAAAUGAAAAUAUUACUAAGGCUUAUGGGGCGGAGACUUCAAAAAGAGAAGAACUUAUCAAGUGA